AUGACAAGCUCAAAUUAUUUUAAAAAUGGAGCGAAUAAUUAUGAAGAAUGCGUUGGCAAUUUGGGGGAGGAAAGCUAUGAUAGCGACGUCAUAGAAAUUAUAAGCUUAAAUGAGAACCAGCCCCGGUGCAACACGGUGUCAAGAUUUGCUAACAUUGGGGGAGUGCGUCAUGGAAGGAGUAACUACGGCACGUCGAUGGAGGGAUUCAGCGACAUCGAAAUUAUAGAGGAUAUAAACAUGUACAACUAUGAGCAGAUAAAGUUAGCCAGGAUGAAAGAAUUCGAGGCGUCGAACAGGAGAGCAGAAUUGAUAAGAGACAAAGGAGUCUUCUUUGAGUACUACCUAGGGUGCAUAGAAACGGACUCCAUUAUUCUAUCUAGCGAAAUAUGCGACGUAAAGAGUGACAAGGAUAUUGAGAUCUGCUACGAGAUAACACCGAAAUCGACCAAGCGGUCAUAUUCCCCCAUGUAUAUGCUAAAGGUGAAUAAAAAUUAUGUUAUGUCUAACGACUAUAUUAAGGUGAUAGGUAGAAACAUUCCCACAAGUAAUAAAAAAGUUAAGAAAAAAAAAGUGCUAACAAAGAAAGGUAAUAAUUCUCCACUAUGCAAUGAAGAAUAUUCAGAAGUUAAUGUCGAAUCCAAUAAAAUUAUAUCGGCAGAUAAAAAGUUCGUAGAAUUUGAUAAGUGCAAAAGUGAAAUUUUAAAAGAUAUAAAUGAGGGCUACUCAUGCAUAAGAAUCAAGCAUAAUAAUAAUAGAGAUGUCUCAAAAAUUAAGAGCAAUUUGUCUAAAACGUUAUGUGUACUCCUUGUUUUGAAUGCUAUCAGAAUAGAAAUUAUGUUAGAAAAAGUUUCCUUAUGUGAUUUAAAAUUUGGGGGGAGUUUAAGAACCUUUAUUCAUGUCAUUUUAUACCCUGAUUCUUUUAAAAUUGACUCUCAUAAAUUUCAUGAGUAUAAUUCUUUAAUUAAAUACAGUGUUGAUAAUUUAUUUAAGGAGCUUAGAAUCACGCCAUUGCGGUUAGCCAAAAAUGUUGACAUGGAUUCCUUUGAAAGUGCUCAUAUUAAGAUAAAUAAGGGAAGUUUCCUAUCCCCUUCCAGCAGUGUUCUUAAGGGCGACCCUUCCAUGUAUGGUAACAAGGACCGGGCGGGGGACACCUCCUUUGGUUUCAGCACCCCCUACAAGGCGCUCUGCGGCCCGAGGAGAUCCGUCUUAGACCCGGCUGCCCUCAGCGUAACCAAGGAGGAAGACGAAAUUUUGGACUCCCUCAGCGAAAACGAGAUGGAGGAAAACAACGAAGAAGCAACGAACAUGGUUUUUGUGGAAGAGAAAUAUCGCGGAGGGUAUUUACUAGAAGAGUUCGAGGAAAUUCACCCGGACAAGUUUUACUUCAAACCUACGCUGAAAACGUACCAGGCGGAAGGCGUGUGGUGGAUGUACACCAAGGAAAACCCCCCCGAAUAUUUCAAAGAGAAAAACAGAAAAAAAGAGGACAUAAAAGAAAUCGUUAUUGAUGAAGUCGUUAAGGAUAACACUAACUUUAAAGGCGUGGCAAGGAACAGGACGCAGGUGCAUUCCAUAAUAAGUGCGAAGUUCGCCCCGAAGGUGGAUCUGACGGAGGGCCCUCUCUCCGAUUGUAAAGUAGAGCAGAGUGGAAGCACCCCUCAGUGUAAGAUCGAACCGAUGGACACGCCUACCCAAAACGAGGUGAAACGGAACGACUUGCCCAUCAAACGGGAGAAGACCAAGUCGCCCGACCAAAAGGAACACAACAGCGACGAAGAAAAUGACGACGACGAUGAUGACGACAUUCGGAACAAGCAACCGCUUAACCCCCUGUGGGAGGAACACGCGUUUAUUCCCAACAUAAAAAUUUAUGAAAAAGACAACCUGGUGUGCGUGCUAAAAUAUUUCUAUGUAAACAAAUUAACGGGGUGCUUUUCGCUGACGUUUCCGCAAUAUGUGCCCCAAUUCAGGGGUGGCAUACUAUCGGAUGAAAUGGGACUAGGAAAAACCAUACAAAGUAUAGGAUUAAUAGUGCACGAUGUUUGCCAGAACAAAUUGCAUUUACAAAACAGGAACAAUGAAAAUAAGAACAACAUUACUUACUUGAUAGAGAAUACCAUCAAGGGACUUAAUUUUAAAAAAGGGGGGACAUUAAUUAUUGCCCCGUUAGCUCUGAUCUAUCAGUGGAAACAAGAAAUCGAGAAACACACCAGGGAGGGGUUCCUCACGUCCUACAUUUACUACGGCACCGCCAAGGAUAUAACCAGCGAAGAGUUGUGUAAGUUCUCCGUGGUAUUGACCACCUAUUCGACACUAGUCUCUGAGUAUAAGAACACGCUGAGUAAGAAAGGGAAUAAUGAUGAACAUAACAACCAACAAGGAAAGAUCGAUGAUAUUGCGAAAAGUAAACACGACCAUGGGGACGCUGGAUUCACCAAGGGGAGCCCAAAAGAAGAGAAAGUCAAGGAUGAGUUUCCCAACCGUGGCGCAAAAGGUAUCAGUUCGAAAACGAGUCCACAAAGUGGAACAAAUAGUGGGAGCCCCCAAAUAAACAACUUUUUCAAAAAGACUGUUCUGGGCACAAAAAUGGCAAAGACAAGUAAUAGCACGGUAAAAUCAAGUGACGAUAGGAAGAACACAAAACAGGGAACCCCGAAAAAAGAGUGUCCCUUGUAUAGAAUAACAUGGAGAAGAAUCAUUAUCGAUGAAGCACAUGUGAUAAAAAAUAAAAACUCCAUUCAGUCUAUUGCAGUGUGGAAAUUGCGAGGAGAAAGAAACUGGUGCUUGACGGGAACUCCUAUACAGAAUUCGAUCUUUGACAUUUUCCCACUGUUCAGAUUUUUAGGGAUCAAACCCUAUGGGACCAUUGAAUGGUGGAACAAAGAAAUUAUAGAUUACGUAAACAGAAGCAAAUUGAACUUAGCCCUGGAUGUAGUAAGGAAAAUAUCAUCUCCCAUUUUGCUGAGGAGAACAAAAAAGUCCAGGACAAAAAAUGGAGACUAUAUUAUAUCUCUGCCGAAGAAGAAUGUGCACCUCAUGAAGCUGAAGUUUUCCAUGGAGGAAGAAGAUUUUUACAGGGCCAUAUUUUAUCGAAGCAAAACCAAAUUUGACACAUACAUGCAUGAUGGAAAUGUGUUAAGUCAUUACUCCCACGUUUUGCAGUUAUUGCUGAGGCUGAGACAGUGCUGCUCGCACCCACUGCUUCUGUUCUCUAAGCCUUUCUUCGAGGAAUGGAAUCAAGAGGACAUAAACAACGCGCUGCAAAAAAAGGACGACGAUGAGUGGAAAGGGAAAAACGAAGGAGACAGUUAUUCCUUCCAGACAAAUGGCAGCCCUGGGAGAGACACUCCGUUUAGCAGUUCCCACCCUAAGGAUAUAGCAGAUGAUCCACCCAAACGGGGGGAUGACCUCAUAUACAACUUCAUGCUAGGGGCGACGCAUUCAAAUAAACUGGACGAUGAUUACGUCCAAAUGAUAGACCUGCUAAAAGGAGGAAAUGCAAUUCAGUGCGUAAUCUGUUUGGAAGACGCUGUGUACCCACUAAUUAGCAAAUGCAUGCAUAUCAUGUGCAAAAAAUGUGCAGACAAUUAUUUCCACUUAACCCAAAUAGCAGAGAAGAAGUGCCCAGCAUGCAAUCAAUACAUAAGUUUAAAAUCGUUGAAAACGCUACAGGAGAAUAAAUCACCUCUAGAUGAACUUCUAAAAAAAAUGAAAAAGGAAAACUUCGUGUACUCCACAAAAUUGAAGCAACUAUUUGAUCAUAUACAAAAUGACAUGAAAAAUGAACUACACAUUGUUGUAUUUUCCCAAUGGAUUGGAUUUCUUAAAAUUAUACAAAAAUUACUAACUUUGCAUAAUAUUCCCAACAAAAUAUAUGACGGAUCUUUAACAUAUGAAGAGAGAAAAGCUACUCUCCUUUGGUUUAAUGUACAAAAGGGGAAAGUGUACCAACCGGGAAUUGGAUUUACUAAACCUUCUUCUCCAAUUCCUGUAGAAAAAUUCUCUGGAAAAGUUCUCUUAUGUUCGCUGAAAGCAGGUGGAGUUGGUCUCAACCUUACCGUUUCGUCCAAAGUGUAUUUGAUGGACUUGUGGUGGAACCCGGCCAUCGAAGACCAGGCCUUUGAACGUGUCCACAGAAUUGGACAGCUAAAGGACGUUAGCAUUUACAAGUUCGUUUUGGAAAAAACAGUGGAAGAAAGAAUUCUACAAAUCCAUCAGAGCAAGCAGUACACGGCAAACCAAAUUUUAACUCAAGAGGGCAACAAACUUAACUCAGAGAUGAAAUUCGCUCCGCAGAAAUUGGGCAUGGACGACUUCAUCCUCAUGUUCAAGGAUUGGAAUGCGGAAGAGUAG